UAUUAUGUGUGCAAAAUAAUAUAUUUAUCGCACAGGGGGGUGGGUAAAGUUUAUGCCGAAUAGAAUAAUGAAAAUCUGUUUUAAAAAGUGAUAUGAUCAGACUCGUGCUGUCAAGGUUUUAUACUGUUCGCCAGGGUCAAGUUCAGAUGGUAGUAGUUCAUUAAUGUGGUGGAGCAAGAAGCUCAAAGUACGACAAGGAACAGGACGUUUCUGAAAACAUCUGGUUCACUAGGAGUCCAUGCUUUUCUCUCAGAGUCUGUGGAAGCAGGUGCUGCUUUCCCCAAAGUACCGUUUUCUCUGGAGGUUGGAGGCAGUGAGAAGUCAACACAGAAUGACCUCAUCACAUCCUGUGGCAGCUGUGUGUCAGAUGACGGCCACCCCUGACAAGGAGGCAAACUUCACUACAUGCAAGCGUUUGAUCGAGCAGGCCAAGGACGGUGGCGCGAGCAUGAUCUUCCUCCCUGAGGGUUUUGAUUACCUCGGCUCCAGUCGAGAGGAGACGCUGCAGCUGUCUGAAAGCCUGCAGGGUGACAUCAUCACCAGAUAUUCCCAGUUAGCCAGGAAGCUGAAAGUGUGGCUGUCUCUGGGAGGUUUCCAUGAAAGAGGGCACGACUGGGAGAACGACAGACGCAUCUACAACAGCCAUGUCAUCAUUAACAGCCAAGGUGAAAUUGUGUCUGUGUACAGAAAAGGUCACCUGUUUGAUGUAGAGUUGACAGGUAAAGGCGUGUCACUAAAAGAGAGCGCCUUCACCAUUCCCGGAGCGAGAUUAGUGCCACCUGUUCAGACCCCCGUCGGAAAGGUGGGACUGGGGAUCUGCUAUGACCUGCGCUUCCCCGAGAUGUCCUCGGCUCUUCAGAGGCACGGGGCCGAGAUCCUCACUUACCCAUCAGCAUUUACCGUGGCAACAGGCACCGCCCACUGGGAGGUUCUCCUGCGGGCCAGAGCCAUUGAGACUCAGUGUUACGUCCUGGCCGCUGCUCAGGUUGGAGCUCAUCAUGCAAAGCGCUCAUCGUAUGGCCACACCCUGGCAGUGGACCCGUGGGGCGUGGUCAUGGCGGACUGUGGGGGGACGGAUGUGGGUGUGGCUAUGGUGGAGAUUGACAUGCAUAGACUACAGGACACUAGAAGGGACAUGCCAGUGCAGCAGCACAGGAGGGAGAAAGAGUUCUACUCUGGUCUGGACUGAGCAGAGCCUCCAAAAUAUAAUGCCAACAGAAAAAUUGUGUUGUUUUAUAUGAGAAUUUUGUAGAAGAUCCAACACUAUAUAAAUGAUAAUAAAUUAUCACAGUAAGGAAUGACCUAAUGUGCUGGUUUAAGUGAUCAGUUACACAUACAGUACAUCUGAGUUCUGAUAUUCUUUCACUGCCCUGCUUCGUCUUAAUGUCUUAAGCUUCCUGUUCUUGUAGUGCUUGUGAAAAAUGGACUUCCCAUUCAAUUACAAGGUUGUUUUUCUGAACAGACCUUUUCCUUUAGACAUCAAACACGUCUCUGUGUUCGCUGCCAAAUUAAGUAAAGCCAAGUAAAUAAUUCAUCUACACCGGUUUAAGAAAAAUACAAAUGAACAACCUUAGAAAAUCGAUGUCUAAUGUGUGUUGUUUUGAAAAUCCAGUACACACAACUACCAUUUUAAUGCCUGUUUCAACUCUUCCUUUUCAUUUAUUUAUUGAUUCAUUACAAAUAGUAACAUAUAAGGUUAUAAUAAGAUUGUGAGAUUAUUUAUGAAACCUGUGUCAUAAUUGGUCUUGUCUGUGAAGUUGUGUCUGUCAAUAACCAUUAAUAAAUCAAAGGCGAUUAAAUUUAGAAGAAAU